GUGAGCAGCCAGAUAGUGACUGGAGAGAGAGUGUGGUUUCUAUCAUGGAACUCAGCGAAAAGCCGGUGGUUCUGAUUACAGGCUGUUCAAGCGGCGGUAUAGGCCACGCUAUGGCUCAUGAGUUCGCCGUGAGGAACUGCCUGGUGGUGCCCACGGCUCGAUCCCUCGCUUCAAUGUCGGAUUUUGAGAACGACCCACGGUUUUACCCUCAAGAACUCGACGUUCUGUCGGAGCAGUGCGUGACGCGUGUGGUCUCCGAUGUUCUUCACAACUUCGGGCGGAUCGAUAUUCUUGUCAAUAACGCCGGAGUGCUGUGCGUUGGACCACUUGCCGAGGUCCCUUUGUCUAAGAUUCAGCACACCUUCAACACCAACGUCUUUGGGACCAUGAGGUUAAUUCAAGCCGUGGUUCCUCACAUGGCAUCCAGGAAAGAAGGAAAAAUUGUAAAUGUUGGGAGUGUUAUUGCUAUGGUAUCUGGAGCAUGGGCAGGUGCUUACAGUUCAUCUAAAGCUGCUCUACAUUCACUAACGGAUACCUUGAGACUGGAACUUAAGCCAUUGGGCAUUGAUGUUAUCAAUGUUGUUCCUGGAGCGGUGAAGUCUAACGUAGGAAACUCAGCUUUGGCCAGCUAUAAUCAGAUGCCUGAAUGGAAGUUGUACAAGAAAUUCGAAGAAGCAAUCCGAGCAAGAGCACACUUCUCGCAGAGUCCAAAGUCAACCCCUACAGAAGAGUUUGCGAAACGCACUGUCAAUGCAGUGCUUAAGCGGAACCCUCCGGCUUGGUUCUCAAGUGGCCAUUUCUCUACCAUUGCAGCAAUCAUGUAUCACUUGCCAUUAUUUAUCAAAGACUUCAUUCUCAGGAAAAGAAUGAUGCGUUUAAAGUGAUCUUUUGGAGAUAAAAGCAGAACAAAGAACUGCUAGUUGAAUUUUAUAAUAAUGCUAUACUCUCUGUAUUUUUUUUAUUUUUUUUUGCAUUUGUUCAUGUUGUCUCAAAAUGGGUUUAUUAUGGGUGUUAUGUCUUGUAACAAACAAUUUAUUUAUGAGUUUAAGGAAAACUUGUGUGGCAGAUAUUUCGUUA